UAACAUUCCGACAGCAUCAGGAGAUGGAAAACGAAGCACGGUGGCGAGGCACUGACCAUCCAUAAUUCCCAAUCCAUCCUCCAUGAAUGAACCAAAUCCAAUCUGCAGCUGCUACGUCUGCAACAGCAACGUUCUAAAACUUAACAAGAGUAAAUAUUACUAUAACGAACUUUCCCCAUUUUUUAAACCCAAAAAUGGCAUUUCGCUUUGGACUUCUACAUAAUCCAAAGACACCGAUUCUAGCUGUUGCGGUUCAUCGCACUUCUAGCACUCGUCCCAGCUUUUGGGUUCCCGCUGGUGCUUGUGCUUGUGGUGGGUUUGCGAAAGCGCAGGCGAAGUUUAACGGCAGUAGAUUUGCUACUGCACGACGGAGGCUGGUGAUAGGGGUGGGAGGUGCUUCGUUCCUGUCGCUGUUUGUGGGCAUGGCUGGUGAAUUUGGCGGCAAGCGUUUCGUUGCCUCCGCGAGGCAGAAGGGUGCCGUCGAAGAAGUUUUGAAGAAUGUUGAUUGGCCGGAACAAUUCCCAUUCAAGGAGGAAGAUUUUCAGAGAUUUGAUGAGUCAUCAGAUUCGGUGUUCUAUGAUGCCCCACGGUUUGUUACACAUAUCGAUGACCCGGCCAUUGCUGCACUAACAAAGUAUUACUCGGAGGUUCUCCCUCCUAGCAAUACUCCGGGUGUAAGCAUCCUGGACAUGUGUAGCAGUUGGGUCAGCCAUUACCCCAAAGGAUACAAGCAAGAUCGUAUAGUUGGGAUGGGAAUGAAUGAAGAAGAGCUCAAGCGGAAUCCUAUUCUGACAGAGUACAUUGUGCAAGACUUGAAUGUGGAACCGAAACUUCCAUUUGAUGACAAUUCCUUUGACGUCAUAACUAAUGUGGUCAGUGUGGAUUACCUGACCAAACCACUCGAUGUAUUCAAGGAGAUGAGCCGCAUAUUGAAGCCAGGGGGUCUAGCCAUAAUGAGCUUUUCUAACCGCUGCUUUUUCACGAAAGCAAUCUCAAUAUGGACAUCAACCGGGGAUGCUGACCAUGUUAUGAUUGUUGGGUCAUACUUCCAUUAUGCUGGAGGAUUCGAACCGCCUCAGGCUGUGGAUAUAUCUCCUAACCCCGGACGAUCAGAUCCAAUGUACAUUGUCUUCUCGAGAAAGGCCUCGAUAGAAGCUUAGACGGGGCAGCAUUUUCCGGAUUACUUGCAAGUUCCUGAAGAGUAAUUAAUUAUAAUGGAUGGCUUAACUAGCUAGCUAGGUUCAUCAGUUCCUCAAGCUGGUCACUUGUGUUUUCAUGGUAUGAAUGUAUCUACUCUCUGCAGACCUGCUUUCAUUUCUCAGAGUUGAAGGGUUAUUUUGUUUGUGAGUGCUUGUCCAUUGAGCUUAUUGGUUCUAGAGUUCUCAAACUGCAAGCAUCAGUCAGUCUCAGUCACACCAUGAUUUACUGCAUAGAGCAAGCAGGAAUCUUGUAUUGCAAGAAGCCUAAAAAACAUUGCUAGUGGGAAAUGGAAUUACACAUUACCUUACAAAUACACUACUGAAGUUUUGGGCAAAACCCUAGCUAAAAGUUCAGGCCCAGCCUUGCUUGUAACGGGCGAAGAGGUCUUCAGUCUGGGCGUUCUUGAAAGCGCAGCAGCCAACCACGUAGACGAAGAUGAGCACAACGGCGGCGAUGAUGAGGAAGGUGUUGGCUUUCCUCCACUCUUUCCUCAGGUUGCCCAGCAGCCCGGCGCGGCAGGAGCUGCAGUUGUAGCACAGCUGGUUCUGGUCGUUGCUCCAGUUGUAGCAGUCCGGGUCGGCCGUCGGGUUCGCCGGAUUCUCCCACAGGGUCGGGUUCACGUAGCUGUACCCGCAUGCCGUUGGUGGCUUGCAGCAACCCGACUGCAUGUUGCAAAUAUAGGAAGGCAACAAUU